AUGAAAGAGAGCAAGAUCCUUGCUGGUGUUCUUCUCUUCUAUCUUGGAAAUCAUAUCAGAUUACCUCUCCUUUCAUUGCACAGGAGUGAGUCCUUAUAUAAUGUAUCAGUGGUGGUGGAGGACCUACUCAUUACUCUGAGACAGCGGCUGCCAGUGGUUGUUGCCUAUCUGCCCUGCAAUGCCCCGGAGGUGUGGCUACCCAAUGGUGUGUCGUCUCCCUUGGAAGCCCCAACUUUCAUGCGUUCCAGGCCACUCAGAGUGAUGUCAGAGGCUAAUGUUGAAUGUAAUGGAACCGUGUCUACCAUGAAAUCAUGGACCAUAACUAGAGUGGAGGGAGAUGGAGGAAUCCCCGUGGAAGAUGUCCUUGUUGAAGGAUUCAUACCCUCCUGGAACUUCUCAGAGCUUGCUCUUCCUGGCAAUUUUCUUGAUUAUGGAACUUACCUCUUCACAUAUAAACUCCAGCUUCUUGCAUCCAAAGUCUUCCCCCUCUUUAGAACUGCUUCUACUUACGUGACUAUAAUAAAGACGCCACUACAGGCAAUGAUCAUCAAGGGUGGCAUGUCUAAGGUGAGCCGAGGAUUUGGCACUUCCCUUGUACUGGACCCUCAUCAGUACUCACUGGACCCAGACUGGCCAGAUGACAAGAAUUUCACCUACACGUGGUUCUGCCGUACUCUUGCUGACCCUGAGUACUCAACAGUUGAAGAUCGUCCCCAGACAUACAACAGUCACUCUAUUCCUGAACCACUUUCUGACACAACAGGAGGAGAAGGAGGCUGUUUUGGCAAGGGACCAGGUUCACUUGAUUACAUGGUUGGCACCCUGCACCUUGACACCUCCUCCUUCACUCAUGCUGAUACAACUUAUGAAAUUCAAGUGUUGAUAGAGAAGGACACGCGUUUUGCUGUGUCCCGAGUGUCUGUUGAUGUCCUGCAAAAUCCUCCUCCUUCCAUAGAUAUAAAAUGUGCUGAUGAGAAAAGCUGCAGGCCAAUCUUCUCUGGCAUCUUGGUUAAUCCCUCAGCCCGGGUAGCCUUGCUUACCAUCUGCUCAGAAUACUGCCACAGUGACAUGGAGUACUCCUGGUCCAUCACCACCACUGAGGAUCAGCCAAUUGUGGAAGAGUCAACCUGCAUUGAAGACUGCCAGCCAGUGCUUCCAACUGGGAAAAAUUCAAAGGACAUUGCUAUUGGCAGUGAACUCUUCAGACUAAAUCCAGGUGUUGAGAAGUUUAAAGUGACCCUCACAGUAACCACAGAAUCAGGAAUUAAAGGGGAGUAUGUCAUGACACUAGUUCUCAACAAGCCCCCAGCAGGAGGGAUUUGUGAAGUGAAAUUGGCUACUAGACGUGCCCUCAUUGACUAUUUCAAAUUCACUUGCACUGGCUGGGUAGACCCUGAAGAGGCAGGAGUGGACCAAUAUGUCUACUUCAGUGAGUACUACUGCCCUCCUAGUCAUGUCAGUAUGGACAUGGCUGUUACAGAUGUCCACUGUCUGGGUGCCAGCACUGAUCCUUGA